GCUGAUGUGAUCGCCGCGCCUCUCAUGGCCUGCGUGACGGUGAUGAACAUGGAGACGCCGCCGUGUCCCGCGCUUCACCAGAACGGAAACAUCUACGCCGGCGCCUCCGGCCCCAAGGCGGCGCCCGUGCUCAGGGUCCACCUCUACGACAACGGGCGGGUGGGCAGGGAGCCCGGCGUCCUCUCCUACCCCCCCGGGGACUACGUGGCCGAGGAGCUGUGCAUCGCCGCGGCGAAGGAGUGCGGCGUGACGCCCAUGUACUUCAGCCUGUUCGCCCUGAGGAGGGAGAGCGACUGCAUGUGGUUCUCGCCCAACCACGUCUUCCGCCUGGACGAAACGGCCAAUGAGGACCUGCGCUUGAGAAUCCGGUACUACUUCCCUCGGUGGUACAGCAACGAGGCCUCCAGGGCGUACCGCUAUGGCCUCACCAAGGACUCGGAGAGCCCCGUCCUGGACGACGUGGUCAUGGCGUACCUGUUCAGCCAGUGGCGCAGUGACUUCGUGAGCGGCUGGGUGAAUAUGACCAUCAGUCACGAGACCCAGGAGGAGUGUCUGGGCAUGGCGGUGCUGGACAUGAUGAGGAUGGCCAAGGAGAGGGACCGCUCCCCGCUGGACAUCUACAAUGAUAUGAGCUACAAGUCCUUCUUACCCAAGAAGAUGCGUGACCGUAUCCAGGACUACCACAUUGUCACCCGGAAACGGAUCCGCUACCGCUUCAAAAGGUUCAUCCAGCAGUUCAGCCAGUGCAAAGCAACAGCCCGUGACCUCAAGCUCAAGUAUCUUAUCAACCUGGAGUCCCUGCAGUCCCUGCAGUCCACUUUAUACUCGGAGUCCUUCCAGGUCAAAGAGCCCGCCGCUGGCCAGGUCACCAUCAUCGUCUCCGGGAACAACGGCAUCCAGUGGUGUCGCAACAAACUCAAAGACUCAGAAACAGAUCAGGAGCUACAGACAUACUGUGAUUUCCCAGAGGUCAUUGACAUCAGCAUCAAACAGGCCUGCAAAGAUGGCUCCAGUGAAAGCCAGAUUGUCACCAUCAAUAGACAGGACAGCAAGACACUGGAGGUGGAAUUUGAUUCCCUUGCAGAAGCCCUGUCCUUUGUGUCCCUUAUCGAUGGCUACUGCCGGCUCACAACAGACGCCCACCAUUACCUCUGCAAAGAAGUAGCUCCCCCUAGGCUCCUGGAGUCCGUUCAUAGCUAUUGUCACGGUCCCAUCUCGAUGGAGUUCGCCAUCAGCAAGCUGCGGCGCUCGGGGAACCAGCGAGGUCUGUACGUCCUGCGCUGCAGUCCCAAGGACUUCAACAAGUACUUCCUGUCCUUCGCCGUGGUGUCGGACGGCGCGGUGGAGUACAAGCACUGCCAGAUCGUUAAAACGCACACGGGCGAGUACAACCUGAGCGGGGCCAAGAAGAACUUCAGCACCCUGAGGGACCUGCUGCACUGCUACCAGAAGGAGACGGUGCGCUCUGACGGGAUCAUCUUCCAGUUCGCAAAGUGCUGCCCGCCCAAAGUGAAAGACAAGUCCAACCUGCUGGUGUGCAGGUGCAACCAGAGUUCAGAGAUGCCUCUCUCGCCCUCUCUCCAGAGGCAUAACAUCAGCCAGAUGGUGUUCCAUAAGAUCAAGAAGGAAGACCUGGAGUUUUGUGAGAGUCUAGGGCAAGGCACAUUUACGAAGAUCUUCAAAGGAAUCCGCAAGGAGCUUGGUGACUACAGCAAGCUGUAUGAGACUGAGGUCAUCAUGAAGGUUCUGGACAAGGCCCACCGGAAUUACUCAGAGUCCUUCUUUGAGGCAGCCAGCAUGAUGAGCCAGCUAUCCCACAAGCACCUCUUGUUGACCUACGGCGUCUGCGUGUGUGGGGAGGAGAACAUCAUGGUGCAGGAGUAUGUGAGGUUUGGAUCCCUGGACACUUACCUGAAGAAGAACAAGAACUCGGUCAACAUCACCUGGAAGCUGGAGGUGGCCAAGCAGCUGGCCUGGGCCAUGCUCUUCCUGGAGGACAAAAACCUCAUUCAUGGGAACGUCUGUGCCAAAAAUGUCCUGUUGAUCCGAGAGGAAGACCGGAAGACCAGGAACCCGCCCUUCAUCAAGCUGAGCGAUCCUGGCAUCAGCAUCACUGUGCUGCCUAAAGAGAUUCUGGUGGAGCGGAUACCCUGGGUGCCCCCGGAGUGCAUCGAGGACCCCAAGAAGCUGAGCGUUGUGGCAGACAAGUGGGGUUUUGGCACCACGCUGUGGGAGAUCUGCAGUGGCGGGGAGAAGCCCCUCAGCUCUCUGGACUCCUCCAAGAAGCACCUGUUCUACGAGGACAGACACCAGCUCCCUGCGCCCAAAUGGACGGAGCUGGCCAAUCUGAUCAACAGCUGCAUGGACUACGAGCCCAUGCUCCGGCCGUCCUUCCGAGCCAUCAUCCGGGACCUGAACAGCCUCUUCACCCCCGACUAUGAGCUGCUGGCGGAGAGUGACAUGCUGCCCAACAGGAGCAGAGGGUUUGGGCUCACCGGUGCGUUUGAGACCCAGGAGCUCUCGCAGUUUGAGGAGAGGCAUCUGAUAUUCCUGCAGCAGCUGGGCAAGGGUAACUUUGGGAGCGUGGAGAUGUGCCGUUACGACCCGCUGCAGGACAACACCGGCGAAGUGGUCGCCGUCAAGAAGCUGCAGCACAGCACUGCCGAGCACCUGCGCGACUUCGAGAGGGAGAUCGAGAUCCUCAAGUCGCUCCAGCACGAGAACAUCGUCAAGUACAAGGGCGUGUGCUACAGCGCGGGAAGGAGAAACCUGCGCCUGAUUAUGGAGUACCUGCCCUUCGGGAGCCUGCGAGAUUACCUCAUCAAGAACAAGGACAGGAUCGAUCACAAGAAGCUCCUGCACUACGCGACUCAGAUCUGCAAGGGGAUGGAAUAUCUGGCAACCAAACGGUACAUCCACAGAGACCUGGCAACCCGGAACAUUCUGGUGGAGAGUGAACAGAGGGUGAAGAUUGGGGACUUUGGCCUGACCAAAGUGCUGCCUCAGGACAAGGAGUAUUACACAGUGAAGGAACCUGGAGAGAGUCCCAUCUUCUGGUAUGCCCCAGAAUCCCUGACUGAAAGCAAGUUCUCAGUGGCCUCGGACAUCUGGAGUUUUGGCGUGGUGCUGUACGAGCUCUUCACCCACAGUGACAAAGCCUGUAGCCCUCCUGCUGUGUUCAUGGGCAUGAUGGGGAGUGACAAGCAGGGUCAGAUGAUCGUCUAUCACCUGAUUGAGCUCCUCAAAUCUGGGAGCAGGUUGCCGCAGCCUGAAGACUGUCCUGCACUGAUCUACAGCAUGAUGAAGGACUGCUGGAACAAUGAGCCUUGCCCUCGGCCAUCGUUUAAGAAGCUCGCCAACAGCUUGGACACGUUUCGGAACAGCAUGGAGGGAUGAGUUUAGUGCCCCCGUUGGGCUGCUGGAGUCGCUGGCUGGGAAGCAUCCGGUGGUGCCCAACAGAGGACUUGAGCACCACCCGAGAUGGCUGUCCUGCACGAGUGUGGACUGCUAACGCUGAAUGUAAAAGGCGUCUGGCGCACCGGCGAAAUAAUGUGAGGCUAUCAAGGCCUUACUGAGUUUAAUUUUGUCAGGUUUCCUGGACACAUGACUCUUUCACGGGAGGUAGUGACUGAAGUGGUCCUUCGCCUGUCGAGUGAUUAACUCUGAAACUUUGCCGAGGUUCAUGGACUUGGUCACCUCAGCACCAGCCAGAAGUCUGAGAGAGCGUCAGAGGCCAUCCAGCGGCUAAUGAUGUGGUUUAUUUGUGAAUCAGUUUGUUUUUCUCUGAGCAUCAUGUGAUCUGAGAGUGUGAUUUAAGGAAAAGGCACGAGUGAACAGCGCUGUGGAGCAGUAGAGUUAAGGGCUGUCAUUUUCAGCGUUCUGCGUUGCAUUUGUGUUCAAUGCCUGUAGCAAGCAAGCUGGCAGUGCAAGCCAGUAUGUGUGUUAUGCUCUGGCACUGAAAUGAACCUACUAGCUCAGUUUUGAAACAAGACUUGCAGAGACAGGAGUGUUUUUAGAUGUUUAUUCUUUUAUGAUUCUUUAUGAGAUGCUGUGACAUGACCAUUGUAAAUGUACAGAUUGUGGUCGAAGGUAUCAUGCAAGUUCCUCCAUGUGAAAAAGGCCAGACAGGAUCAUUAGUGUAGCAUACAUGAGUUGAUAGUGUUAAGAAAAUGAAUCAUUUGUAUGUUUGUGUUUUAUUUUUGCUUCUUUUUUUUUUUUCUUUUUCUUUUUCCUGAGAGGGAGGGAUCUCAUUGGAGCUCCAACGACAGUAAGACUGGACAUUCCGGCACCCACACAAGUGCCCCUCUGCCAGGAGAGACUGCCCAUUGGCUGUUUCUCGCAUUCAAGCAAAAACGUAAACUGUGGGAGGGUGGUGUGGCCCUGGCCUGCACCGUGGCUGGGAAGGAGCCGCCAUUCCGGCUCUGUUUCACUGUUGCUCAUGUGCCAUCUCAGCUGUAGCUAGGCUUCAUUAAAAAAAAAAAAAGUACAAAAAGAGGAGAGUAAUUUACUUAUGCAAAAUGUCUUGUUUUUGUUAUAGUGCUUGUCUUCCGGCAUUGUAUGUUCUUACUGGCAGCACUGCUGGCCUUCGUACCUGAUCCCCCCUCUUAAGAAAAUCUCUUAAGUGAACAUAUUGUCUUAUUUUUUAUUUUUGUUGUUUUUAUUUUAUUUUUUACAAAUAAUAUAUGACCAUGAAAAGAAGUUUUUUAAACUCUAAAAGUACAUGAAUUAUAUUUGAGCAGAAUUUACCCACUGAAUGUAAAUGAAAAUCUUGUUUUGAAAAUAUUGCGUAAUUGCAUGUAAAAUACAAAUAUAAUUUUGUAAGUAAUUUUUGUGCAGGCCAUGUCAUAAAUAAAUGAUAUAUUACUGCAACUAAA